ACACACACACACACACAUUGUGAAAAUAACGCCCGGCGCGCUGUUGGAAGAAGUGCUGUUCGCCAGUUUGGGAGCGAUUUCGUUUCGGCAGUGGAGAUGAACGGUGACUCAGGCGCUGGGGUGGUGACUUCCCCACCCCCCACCACGGCCCCCCACAAGGAGCGCUAUUUCGACCGUGUGGACGAGAGCAGUGCCGAGUACCAGCGUGAGAGGAACAUGGCCCCUGACCUGCGGCAGGACUUCAACAUGAUGGAGCAGCGCAAGAGAGUCUCAAUGAUUCUGCAGAGUCCGGCCUUUUGUGAAGAGCUUGAGACACUGAUCCAGGACCAGCUGAAGAAGGGAAAGAAUCCCACCAGCUUGCUUGCCCUGCAGCAGAUUGCAGACUUCAUGACUACCACCAUCCCCACCAUGUACCCAGCAGCACCACAGGGUGGCAUGGCAGCCCUUAACAUGAGCCUGGGCAUGGUGACCCCAGUGAACGACCUUCGCGGCUCGGACUCCGUAGCCUACGAGAAAGGCGAGAAGUUGCUGCGCUGCAAGUUGGCUGCCUUCUACAGGCUGGCCGACCUCUUUGGCUGGGCACAGCUCAUUUACAACCACCUGACCGUCAGACUGAAUUCUGAGCAGGAACGAUUCCUGAUUGUACCUUUUGGGCUUCUGUACAGUGAAGUUACAGCUUCCAGCCUGGUAAAGAUCAACCUCCAAGGGGAAAUCAUUGACAGAGGCAGCACAAACCUGGGAGUCAACCAGGCUGGAUUCACCCUCCACUCUGCCAUUUAUGCUGCUCGGCCAGAUGUCAAAUGCAUCGUGCACAUCCACACACCCGCAGGAGCAGCAGUAUCAGCUAUGAAGUGUGGCUUGUUACCCAUCUCCCCCGAAGCACUUUCCCUUGGAGAGGUAGCUUAUCACGACUACCAUGGCAUUCUUGUCGAUGAGGAGGAGGGCGUGCUGAUUCAGAAAAAUCUGGGGCCCAAAAGCAAGGUUCUGAUUUUGAGGAACCAUGGCCUGGUGUCUGUUGGGGAGACAGUUGAGGAAGCCUUUUACUACAUUCAUAACCUGGUCACAGCCUGUGAGAUUCAGGUUCGCACUCUGGCCAGUGCGGGAGGCCCAGAUAAUUUGGUUAUGCUGGACCCAGCCAAGUAUAAAGCCAGGCCCCGCUGCCCUGAGACCACCGCCGAUGGCACUGGAGCCCACACCAAGUGGCAAGUUGGGGAGCAGGAAUUUGAAGCACUCAUGAGGAUGCUUGAUAACCUGGGUUACAGAACUGGAUACCCAUAUCGGUGCCCCGCACUGCGGGAGAAAGCUAAAAAGUACAGUGAUGUAGAGAUCCCCCCGUCUGCCACGGGCUACUCCCAUGCGGAGGACAGUGACUCAGGCGCGCGCUCCCCUCUCAGGCACAGCUUUCAGAGGCAGCAGCGCGAGAAGACACGGUGGCUCAGCUCGGGCAAGCCCGACGAGGCUGCCGAGGAGGGGCCUGAUGGCGGCAGCCCCAAAUCCAAGGCUAAGGUGUGGACGAACAUUACACACGAUCACGUCAAACCCUUGCUGCAGUCUCUCUCGUCCGGUGUCUGCGUGCCAAGCUGUAUUACCAACUGCUUGUGGACAAAAGAGGAUGGACUUCGGCAGGCUGCAGUGGCAAAUCAGUUUGUUCCACUCAACACGAACCCCAAAGAGGUCCAGGAGAUGAGAAACAAGAUCCGUGAGCAGAACAUUCAGGACAUCAAGACUGCUGGGCCUCAGUCCCAGGUCUUGUGUGCCCCUGUGGUGGACCGCUCAUUUGUCCAAGGGGAGCUAGUGACUGCCUCAAAGGCCAUCAUUGAGAAGGAGUACCAGCCACGUGUUAUCGUCAGCAAAUCUGGACCAAACCCCUUUAACAAGCUGACCGACCAGGAGCUGGAGGAAUACCGUAAAGAGGUGGAAAUGAAACAGAAAGGCACCGAAGUACAGGUAGAAGCAUCCUGCUCACCAGAGCUUUUACUACCUGGGGAGAACUCAUCCUUUAGUCCCCUAAAGACCCCCACACUGGCCCCCAGUCAUGAUGAAGAGGAGUCUCCAGCCUCUGUCCUGCCCACUUCUGCCCCUGCUUCCUCUUUGGACCCAAGCCAGGGAGCAAGAACGGUGUUGUACCAGGGUGAUGCAGCUGUCAGAAAUGCCGACCUUAGUGAGGAGGACUCGUUGGACUCCCCACACAAGGAAUUUCACUGUGCUGUCCUGCGUGCUCUUAGCACCACCUCAGAGCGUAUGACCAAGGCUCCAGAUCAUCUUCAGGAGACUGAGGAAGAGCUGAAGGGUGCAAGUCCAACCCGCACCCCUCCUAGCACCCCUAUCCGACCAGAAGAAGAGUCCCAGCAGGAGCAGACUUGCAAAGAUGAGAGCGACGCAGCCACUUUGAGACAAACCCUCCCUGACCUUACCCCUGAUGAGCCCUCUGAAGCACCCACCUUCCCACCCGAUGACCAGACGGAGCAGCCGCCUCAAUCCGAGGGCCAAGAGCCCCCAGCUGCCCCUGAUGCCCCUGAGGACCCAGCUGCAGCCGCAGAGCAAGGUAGCGACGAGUCCCCAAGCAAGUCUCCUUCCAAGAAAAAGAAGAAGUUCCGCACUCCUUCUUUCUUGAAAAAGAACAAAAAGAAGGAACCCUAAACAUCCUGCAGAUCUGUUUUUUGGGCAGCAUGCCUGUCUUUUGUUUGGUUCAUAUUGUUUGUUUGUUUUGUUUGGGCUUUUCAAGUAUUCACCUCUAGUGCGUGCCAAUUUGGAGAAAAGGGUCAAAUCGUCCUUGGUUUGAAAAGCAUUUCUUUAAGUGAAGAGUUACUACAUUAUAUCUGGUCAAGCACAUAGUCCAUUUUAGUUCCAUACUUGACAUGAGCAAUAGUUGACUAAAUCUGAUUAACUACUACUAGAAUGUAUUGGGAUUGUACAAAAAAGUGUCUAAGAAAUGCAAAAAAGUGAGAUGGUGAUAAAAUGAAGAAAAUGUAUGGUGCUAAUAUUUGAUUGCUAAUAUUAGACCCUUCUACAUUGGCAGUGCAGGUGAAUUUGGGGUCCAGUGAAGGUAUUCCUUCUAUAUUGAAAUAUAGGCUAUGUAGAUGGUCUAAGGAAAAGCAGUAUGGUCAAUACAUUUAUACAUGCAUACAAAUAUGAAUUGAAGCAGAACAGUUACUGUGCAACAAAAGUGUCAUGAAAAUGGGGAAGCAGUGUUGAAGGUGUACUCCCAUCUUCAACUUUUAGUCUGCAUUUUUAGUCAGUUUUUUUUCCGUAGAACUCAUAACGGAGAAAUACAUAAUCUUAACACUUCAAGAAAUCAUACUUUGUUUUGUCUCUUUUCUAAAACUUUAAAGAUUUAAUAUUGGUGAAGCUGUUUUUGUUGUCUACAUUGCAUCCUGAGCCAGCAUUACAAAAACACAUGCAGAUCAUUUUAAGCCUGAAUAGUGCUUUUUGGGAAAAAAAAAGAAAUAUGAUGCAUAACUUAAUAUAAAUCUGCGUACCGAGUACUUGCCUCAGAAAACCGAUAGUGGGUUUGUGAACAAGGUGGUGCCUUCGUCUGUCGGUCUGUUUAAAUCUCUCCACUCAUCAGCCGUUAGUCAUUUUGCCCUUGUGCAGGCAAAUGUUAUACAUUCAUUCUCUAUGGAUUUCUCUCUAAAGCUAGAGAAACUUAAAAAGGUUUGGCAGAUUUUUCUAAAUGAAAUAUUGGUAACUCCUUAAGUUGCUAUAUACAUAGAAGGGGAUGGCAUGUAAUUCACAAACACAGCCAUCAUACAGUCUAAAUUCUAAGUUCUUGUGCUAAUUUUAAAACUUUUUCAGUGUCAUUGGGAUGAUGGGAAGUUUCAGUCCUUUCCUGUAGCCCUAUUCAGUAUAAAAAGAAUGAGGAUAUGCAUAUGGGGACAUUUCUUGGCUGCCCUGUAAAAUUAUCAAAUUGUGAAAGUACCACUCUUUUCCCCUUUCACUUUAGUGCUUUCUUACCUGCUGUGCAGCCUCCACAAAAUGUGGUGUUCUGGAGAAAACCUGAGGCUCAGAAGGGUGUAGAUUCACAGCUCACAAACUGAACUGCUGCACCCAUACAUCACACAAAUGCUUAAUUUUCUAGUUGACCCUGAACUGUGUCCCAUGCUUAUCCCACUUUGACAUCACACUUGGACACUAAGAUGUUGGAGGAGGUAGUUGGGCCUAGAUGCAGAAGUACACUGAGGUCUAAAACCUGGGCAGGCAUUGACGCUUAACCAAUGUCAAUUGCACUUGAUCCAUGUGGAGCUUAGUAUAAACCACUAUAUGGUAUAUAUUUUGAGAGGAUAAAUAAGAAAAAAAAAAUCAGGACUGCAUGUCAUAAAAGGCUUUGAGCUUGUAUAGUUUGUCCCCUGUACAUUAAGACUGUAACACUCUUUGCUAAACUGCUUUGACAUUUUAAUAACAGUACUACUAAUUCAUAUGUACUUUUGCGUUAUCGUUUAGAUGUUGAGUUCUGUAUCACAAACAACUCCAUUACACCUCUUGUGUUUUGAUUGUAUUCAAUACAUAUGUUCAGGACAGUCAACUGUCUUUUUAAUUACACUUCUUUUAUAGUACUGUUCUAUUUGUUCCAUAAAUAAAGAUCUUCCUUUAAAACCUA